AUGCCUCAUGUGCGUCUGCGAGAAUACAAAAGGCCCUCGAGAGACUAUGAAUUGGAAUACGUUGAAGUGAUUCAUCGCCAUCACAAACGAACACCAUACCAGUCAAAUACAUUCCCAGUGGAAUCUUAUCCCUGGAACUGCGAUGAUCAGGGCCUCUACUUCUACGGUCAGCCGAUCAAAGGUAGACAAAGCGCCAAUGCUUACUGGAAGGGAUACCAGAAUCCGAUAAAUCCAUAUGAGGUUUCGGGCUUCAAAGGCACUUGUGCCUUUCCACAGAUCAGCAAAGAGGGAUUGGACGACUCAUGGCAACAUGGACGCGAUUUGUACCGUGUGUACCAUGACCUUCUUCGCCUCAUUCCCAGGCGACUCGACUUGGAUAGAGUUUCCUUCCGAGUGACGACGAAUGUUAUUACGAGCCAAGUAGCUGGCAUGUUAAUUAAUGGGAUGUAUGGAAUCUCUGGCAAUGUGCCGCUCAAUGUUGAGUCUUCAUCAAUUGAUAGUCUCGAGCCAUCUUACUCCUGCCCCAGAGCUAGCAAUCUGUUCUCCGAAGCCAAGAGCCAACCAAACACAACCUGGGCUGCGCAUUUAUCUCGCACCAAAGAGCUCUUUUCCUCAUUGGAUUCAGUCUCUGGUGUUUCUCCUUCCGAUUCGGGGUGGCAUGCAAGUUUCGACCACUAUUUCGACAACCUUUCUGCUCGUCUUUGCCAUGCCAAGCCCCUUCCUUGCUCUAUCGAAGAUCCGACCAAAUGUAUUUCCAUGUCACAGGCCGAAACAGUAUUUCGUUUAGGGCAAUUCGAAUACUCAUAUAUAUAUCGUGAUGCACCGUCGUCCCUCGCUGCUAGCGCUGCUAGCCAAGGUGUCUGGAUUGCUGAGCUAGCACAGCAUUUACGCGACCAAAUCGCAGGCCAUGAUGGAAAGAUGCGCUAUAGACACAAUAUCGCGCAUGACGGGAGUGUUUCGCGGGUUCUUUCUAUUAUGCAACUUGAUCAGAUGGUUUGGCCUGGGAUGGGUGCUGAAAUAAUAUUCGAACUAUAUUCAAGGAAGCCAAAACAUGGCUGGGGUAACCGGAAACGACAGCAUUUCGUUCGUGUGCUUUUCGGCGGACAGGUCAUGCGCAGUUCAAAUCCGGAUUUGGGCGAGCUGGAUAUGAUUCCUGCUUCUAAACUGAUUGACUACUUUGAUGGACUAGUUGGGGAAAAAGCGAAAUUGGUCCCAGAUUUAUGCCAGAAAUGA